UUUGUUUGCCGCUUCUCGCCACAACCACUACAAGCAUUAUUUUACCUGAAGAAAAGAGCAAACCCUAAUCCUAGGGGGUUCCUUCUCCUGUUUUUUUUAAUUAAACUUUGUUUGGUUCCAAAUAUCUCCCUAUGGAAGAGCUGCAAAACAAUAAAAAACGAGUCAGGGAUGACUCGUUCGAGCUGGAGUUGGAUUUGCCGGAGGUGAAGAAAAUCAGAGAGGAUUUAUUGGGCAUCAUCGAUGAUUCCGACCCUGACUCGCUGGGUCAGGAUCUUGACUCCGUCAUGAAGAGUUUUGAGCAAGAGAUAUCCGCGUAUUCAUCAUCUCCGGUGCCCGUCGUCGACCUGACGUCCGAAUCCGGCGAGUCCCGGCCGGAUCUAGGGUACCUUCUAGAAGCUUCUGAUGAUGAGCUCGGCUUGCCCCCGUCCAUGAAUUCCUCGAGGGGGGAGGUCAAGGGUGAAGAAGAGACCGAGUUGGUCCGAGUUGACUCGGCGGAGUCAUCCGGAAUCGGUGGAGAGAUAUGGGGGUUUGAGGACCAGAUUCCGACUUAUGACUCGUUCGGGCUGGGAGCAGGGGACGUUGAUUAUAAUAGCAGGUAUGUGGCGUUCGAUGAUGGGUUGUUCGAGUACUCUAAUGCUUGCUUCGACUCGACCGAGUUUGUGGAUUUGUCGUGGCGGUUCGGCGGCAUGCCGGCCGAGUAAUUAAAGAAGGAAUGGAGGGUGUCGGUUGUCGUUAAUAUGAAACGAUUCCAUUACCCUAUUAUUUUUGUAAAUUAUUUUACUUUAUUAAUUUUUAGAAAAAAAGGAAUUAAUUUAAAAGGAUAUAUAUGUAGGCGUAGAAUCUGAAAAUGAGAGAUGCCGUGGCUACAAGUGAGGAAUUUUUUUUUUUUGUAAGGGGACGAUGAAUUUUUUGGCAGUCUCUUGGAUGCUAUACUGAAGAAUCUUGUCCCUAUUCCUUGGCAAAGACAGGGAAUUUGAAUCUCUCUGGCAAAAUCUGUUCCUUGUUUCAGAAUAAACUUUAAUCAAGUUAAUUCCCUUGCUAUAAA